CAACCAUACAAACUAAUUAAACAUGGAGUCAAUAGUUCUAUCCCCAACACCAGCCAUUGGCCACCUUAUCGCCAUGGUUGAGUUAGGAAAGCUCAUUCUCACUUCCAAACCUUCACUCUCCAUUCACAUCCUCACGACUGAAGCACCUUACAACGCCGGCGACACCGCUGCCUACAUCGCCGGCAUCUCUGCCACCACUCCUUCCAUCACCUUCCACCACCUCCCUCCCAUCUCCCUCUCUCCCGAGCUUUCGACAGGAUCGGCCAACAUCGAAAACCUAAUCUUCGAAGUCCUCCAUCUCAACAAACCAAUCGUGGCCGAAGCCCUACGUUCCAUCUCUCAAAACCACACCCUCCAUGCUUUCAUCAUGGACUUCUUCUGCGCUUCCGAUCAUCAGCUCAGCAAUAUCCCCACUUACAUCUUCAUGACUUCGGGUGCCGGUUUCUUAUCAUCCUUCCUUUACUUGCCAACCCUUCAUAAAACCAUUCCAAAAAGCUUCAAAGACCUUAACAACGCUCUUCUAGACAUCCCUGGAUUGCCUCAGCCAAUUCCUUCCUUGGAUAUGCCAAAACUAGUUCUCGACCGUAGAGAUAAGUCCUAUGAAUACUUUCUCGAGUCCACAAUCUGCUAUCCAAAAUCAGACGGAAUCAUUAUAAACACCUUUGAGGCAUUGGACACUCAAGCUCUCAAAGCCAUAUCGGACGGAUUAUGCGUGCCGGAUGCUCCCACGCCGCCGCUAUACUGCAUUGGACCAUUGAUUACUUCCAAGGAGACAAAAGGAUCACUAUCAGAGUGCUUAAAAUGGUUGGACUCACAACCAAGACAAAGCGUGGUUUUUCUCUGCUUCGGAAGCUUAGGCUUGUUCUCCAAAGAGCAACUGCAGGAAAUAGCGGUGGGUUUGGAAAGGAGUGGCCAGAGGUUCUUGUGGGUGGUACGAAAUCCGCCGCCGUCGCAGAAGAACCAAAGCGUGGCUUGGUCGGAACGGGACUUGGAUUCAUUACUCCCACAAGGGUUCUUGGAUCGGACGAAAGACAGGGGAUUGGUGGUGAAGAACUGGGCCCCACAAGUGGACGUCCUGCGUCAUGACUCGGUGGGCGGGUUCGUGACUCACUGCGGGUGGAACUCGAUUCUUGAGUCGAUCUGUGCCGGUGUGCCGGUGGUGGCGUGGCCGCUCUAUGCGGAGCAGAGGCUGAAUAGGAUAGUGCUUGUUAACGAAAUCAAGAUUGCUUUGCCCAUGAACGAGUCGGACGACGGGUUCGUGAGUGCAAUUGAAGUUGAAAAGCGGGUUACUGAGUUGAUGACGAGCUCAGAAAGCAGGGACUCGGUACGGAAGCGAGCGUUAGCAAUGAAGCAAGAAGCCAGAGCUGCUCUGAGCGACGGUGGCUCGUCCCGAGCGGCAUUGACAAAACUCACUGAGUUGUGGACAAAAUAAUUUCCUCUCUAGAUACUAAUGAUACAGAAAUGGGUACAAGGAAUUCAUGAAUAAAGGUUCUCAAGCGUAAAGCGUUUUUUUUCAUGUUUUUUUAGGUAUAAUUAGUUGCCUUAUGUUUCUUUUAA